GACAGGUGACUGUUCUUUUGGUGGGCCGUGUGGGUUUUUUGUUUGCCUUUUCUCGCCUGAAUUAAUUUGUAGGUAGUUGUAGUGAACGAAGGAAGUUUGAAGGAAAAAAAAAAGAGUUCUUUUUUUAGGAGAAAAAGGUUUUGGCCGCGGAGGAUUAGUUUUUUGUGAUGGCGAACAUCGACAUAGAAGGGAUAUUGAAGGAGCUGCCGAGCGAUGGUAGGAUACCGAAGACGAAGAUCGUGUGUACGCUGGGGCCGGCUUCGAGGUCGGUGCCGAUGCUGGAGAAGUUGUUGAGGGCAGGAAUGAAUGUGGCGAGAUUCAAUUUCUCUCAUGGUUCGCAUGAGUAUCACCAGGAGACGCUGGAGAACCUCAAGAUCGCCAUGCAGAAUACUCAGAUUCUCUGCGCCGUCAUGCUCGACACCAAGGGACCUGAGAUUCGUACUGGUUUCUUGAAAGAUGGAAAGCCUAUUCAAUUGAAGGAGGGUCAAGAGGUUACCGUGUCCACUGAUUAUAGCAUCAAGGGAGAUGGAAAUACUAUUUCGAUGAGUUAUAAGAAACUUCCUGUAGAUCUGAAGCCUGGAAAUACAAUCUUGUGCGCUGAUGGAACAAUAACCUUGACAGUCUUAUCUUGUGACCCUGAGGCUGGAACGGUAAGAUGUCGUUGUGAGAACACUGCAAUACUAGGUGAGAGGAAGAAUGUUAAUCUACCAGGAAUAGUGGUGGAUCUUCCUACGCUAACUGAUAAAGACAAGGAAGACAUAUUGGGCUGGGGAGUUCCCAACAGUAUUGACAUGAUUGCUUUGUCAUUUGUUCGUAAAGGCUCUGAUCUUGUUAAUGUACGAGAGGUCCUUGGACCAUAUGCAAAGCGCAUAAAAUUGAUGUCUAAGGUUGAGAACCAAGAGGGUGUGAUAAACUUUGAUGAAAUCCUACGGGAGACGGACGCCUUCAUGGUCGCUAGAGGUGAUCUUGGAAUGGAGAUUCCAGUUGAGAAGAUCUUCCUUGCACAGAAAAUGAUGAUUUACAAGUGCAAUCUUGCGGGCAAGUCUGUUGUCACUGCCACCCAAAUGCUUGAAUCUAUGAUCAAGUCUCCACGCCCAACGCGUGCAGAGGCCACCGAUGUUGCAAAUGCCGUCCUUGAUGGCACCGACUGUGUCAUGCUUAGUGGUGAAAGCGCAGCAGGAGCCUACCCUGAAUUGGCAGUGAAGGUAAUGGCCAAGAUCUGCAUCGAAGCAGAAUCUUCUCUUGACUAUGACGCCAUCUUCAAGGAGAUGAUAAAAUCUGCCCCUCUUCCUAUGAGCCCAAUUGAGAGCCUUGCUUCCUCAGCCGUCCGCACAGCUAAUAAGGCAAAGGCUGCACUGAUUGUUGUGCUAACUCGCGGUGGAACAACGGCGAAGUUGGUGGCGAAGUACAGACCUGCUGUGCCUAUCCUAUCAGUGGUGGUUCCCGUGCUGACCACUGAUACAUUCGAUUGGUCCGUCAGUGAUGAGACUCCGGCGAGGCAUAGCCUGAUCCACAGGGGCCUGAUCCCUCUGCUUGCAGAAGGCUCCGCCAAGGCUACUGAUGCAGAGUCCACAGAAGUAAUUCUGGAUGCUUCUUUGAAAACAGCUAUCCAAAGGAAACUAUGCAAGCCCGGUGAUGCUGUGGUUGCUUUGCAUCGCAUUGGCAUUGCUUCUGUCAUCAAAAUCUGCAUUGUGAAGUGAUGGAAGAACUUUCCUGCAGGAUCUACUUAUUAUCCAUCUAAUUGAAAUAGCAAGUUUUGUCAUUUUUAUUACUGUUUUGUAUUGGUGAGCGAACACCAGCAUACUUAGGCAUGCCUUUUCUCUUCUCACAUAAGCAUCGCCGAUCCCUCUCUAUGGUUUCUGUACCUUUACAGAGCCCGAGACUUUCUGAACAUAUUGAAAAUAAAUUACUUUGCUGGUCUCGCGCAGCUUUUCUUACA